AUUCUCCAGGAUGGAAUGGCUGCUGCGUUUCGUCCACUGAAGCUAGCCUUGCUGCAGGCACUGCGGUCUUUGGUGUAUCCUAGGGUGGGAGGUUCAGGCUCCAGCUGCUGUCGCUGCCCCCUCAGAGAUAAAAGAUACCCACUUACAGAUAAUAUUGUGAAAUUAAGAGAAUUUCAGCAGAAGAAGGUGGCUAUUGCACACAAUCUUCCUGACACCAAAGAAAUCUAUCUGAGACACUUGGAAGAGAAAUUGACACAGAACAAGCUCAUCUUGAAGGAGUUGAGAACCUUACUUCAUCUGUGUGAGUCCCGGGAUGAUGUGGAACUGGCUAAAAAUGUCAUCUACAGGUACCAUGCAGAGAACAGAAUUGCCACUUUGGGGGAGUUCAAGUUUGGACCGCUCUUCAUGAGACUGUGCUACCAGUUGUAUCUUGAGGGAUCUGCAGUGGAGCUCAUCAGAGACCAGCAUUUAUGAGGUUUCUUCUCAGACUCUACAUCAUUUAAUAUUUUGAUGGAUAUGUUGUUCAUCAAAGGGAAAUAUAAAAGUAUGUUGGAAGUGUUGAUUGAGAUGAAAAACCAAGAUGUGAAGUUCAGCAAAGAUACCUAUGUCCUUGCUUUUGCAAUUUGCUACAAACUGAAUAGCCCCAAAUCUUUUAAAAUCUGCACUGCUCUGAGGGAAGAAGCUCUAAUCAGAGGAGAAGUUCUCUCCAGGAGAGCAUCAUGUUUUGCUGUGGCUCUCACUCUGAACCAGAACCAAGUGGGAAAAGCUGCAUCCAUUUUUUUUCAAAUCAUGAAGCCAGAAAACAUAAACUGCACUAAUUUAAGUGACAGGGACUAG